UCAGAAGUAUCACACUUCACUCGAGCUCGUCUUGCACUGGGAGUGUGUGGCUACUCUAUGUUUAAAAGUUCUGUUAAUUUUCUAAACAAAAGUGGUCAAAAGUUGUUGUCAUCAAAAAUGUCGAAAGUGGUGAAAGCGAUAGUUACAUCUCCGAAAAUUUACAAACCCGUUGGUCCCUACAGCCAAGCGGUGGUAGCGAACAACACUCUAUACGUUUCUGGAGUUCUGGGCUGUGAUGUUGACACCAAGCUGGUUGCCGGCGGCACCGGCGCCCAGGCUCGCAAGGCUCUGGAGAACCUGCGCCAUGUUCUAGAAGCCGGCGGCUCCAAGAUGGAGGCGGUCGUCAAGACAACCAUCCUGAUGGCGAACAUUGAAGACUUCCAGGAGUUCAACAAGGUUUAUGCUGAAUUUUUCCCCAAAAACUGCCCCGCCCGCGCCGCGUACCAGGUAGCCAAGCUGCCGAUGAACGCCGCCAUAGAGAUAGAAGCUAUCGCUCUCGUCGGAGACGUGGUGGUCGAGGAGUUCAACGCUAAUUCGCACAUUUAAUAUAACGAUAUAGAA